AUGAUUCUCCUAGUUUUUCUAUCAAAAUUAGCAUUUAUCAACAGUUUAACGUGCGACACAUACCAAUGCCAAACAUCAAACCAAAAAUUUUAUAAAAAUCAAUGCAUUUACUGAGAUGAAAAAUCAAGUGCUUAUUAUAUCCAGCUCUGUGGCGAAGUAGAGACUCCUUAUUGUCCUCCUUCAUAUUCACCUAACAGCACAAACGCCACAUGUGCUCAAUAUCAGCCAGCAAGCUCAGGCAUCUAUCCAGGUGAAAAAUGUAUAUCAAAAGAAGAAUGUCUGCAUUCAGCUCAAGGCUGUGUUGAUGGAGUCUGCCGAGGAAUUAAAGAGAACGGAAGCUGCACUUCAACCUGGGACUGUGACAUAGGUCUUUAUUGUAAUUCUUCUAGCAUUUGCACAAAGCAAAUAUCUGAUGGAUCAAAAGGAUGCAAAUCAGAAUUUGAUUGUCAAAAUUGGCUAGGCUGUGAUAUCGGUGCAGGAAGCCAUGCAACUGCUGGAACUUGCCGGCCUUAUUAUAGUAUUUUACCACAUGAAAAUGUAAAAUCGUGCAGUGAAGAAAAUCUGAAUCCUUUAUGUUCUUCCACUAUGUGUGGGGUUAGCGAAACAGAUGAACAAAUUUAUUGUACAGACAAGCUAUCGUCAUCUAAUAAGAAGCUUCCAGUGCUUUGUGAGUCAGAUUCAUCGUGCACAUCGAUUACGGAAGAUUUCUUCAAAAAAAGUUUCACAAAAAAUUGUACAUGUGGAGAAAAUUCGUUGGGUGAAGCCUUUUGUAAUUUAUUUCCCAACGAUAAACCAUUCGAAGAUUACAUUUCUAUACAUUCAAAGUGAUAUCACAGUGAAGCUAUCAAACAAUGCCAUACAAUGAGAAGAAAUGCAUGGAAUUGCAUUACUGACUGAUGGAGCACAAAUGAGGCUACCACCUUAAUAUAUUAUCAGCUUAAAGUAGAAAGAUGGCCUUAUAUACAAAAAAAUGAUAUGUGUGUAAGCGCUAUUUAUGAAGUGGAAUAUAAUUUUUGGAAGCAAGCUUAUGAGAGAAUGAUUGAUAACGAUGACGAAGAUGACGAUUUAGCUAUGAGCUUAAUUGCUGCUGCUAACAUCUUUCUAUAUUUGUAA